GGGAUGUACCUCUUGUAAACUAAUCAUAUGCAUGUACACAAAAGGUAAACGAACUAUUAUUACAGUCUCGUUUCGGCAUUCGCACGAGGUGCCCGCGCUCAUUAGUCAAUUAGUUUGUUUACGUCGAAACUUGCGGCGUUCCACGUUGCGCCGUUGACCACAUGUGUGUACCGAUAGGUUAUACCUUCGGACACCGGUCGCGGCAAUAACAGCAAUGGAGGAGGUCAUUACCGAACAUGAGACAUUAAAUACAGUUAUCGAGAUGAGUGACCCGAGUGGAUUAAUGGAGAAAGAAAUGGAAGACGAGGAACAAUACCAACCGGAAAAAUCACAGGAAGAGUGCGCAAUUGAUGAAGAUCGUAGGCCAAUUAAAAGAAAUCGAUCGGAAGAUGAAGAGGGGUGGAUAGAGGUCAGAGGGAGCAAAGGCAAGAAAUACAAAAGUGAAACAAUUGAAAUUUAUAUUUCAUCUCAAGAUAAAAUGCCGAAACAGUUUGCAUUGGCCAAGUUGUUUAAAGAAGAAGGAAUAAAAGACAUUGAAAAGAUUAGGUAUAUUAACCCAUACAAGAUUAGAGUAGAUAUGAAGAACGAGGAUAGUGUGGAGAUACUUGAAAAAAGUAGGAAGAUAAUCGAAAAUAACUGGAGAAUUCAGAGAGCCAUGGAAGUAAAUUUCUCUUAUGGUGUCAUCAGAGACAUUGACAUAGAUCUGACAGAGGAUGAAAUGCUGAAGCGUAUUGAAUGUACGGAACCAGCACAACUGAUAUCCGUCCAAAGACUCAUGCGCAGAAAUUCAGACGGAGAGGGUUGGAAGCCUAGUGAAUCAGUGCGCCUUUGUUUUAAGGGCUCAUUCCGGCCGGCAACUAUUUCUGUAGAUGGAUUGCGCAUACGAGUCGAGCAGUACAUCUUUCCCGUAACCCAAUGCUCACGCUGUUGGAAGCUGGGUCAUACUACACAAAGAUGCCCAUCAACAAAGAUCAUAUGCCCAAAAUGUAGUGGUAAUCACAAUAACUGUGAGACGACUUUAUUUAAAUGCCCCAAUUGUAGCGGACAGCAUAUGGCUUUAGUACGUUCUUGUCCGUCAUAUUUAAAAGAAAAGAGAUUAAGAGAGAUAAUGGCUGAAUACAAUUGCACAUAUCGGCGUGCACUGACCAUGUAUGUUCCAGUUAAGGAAACUAAUCCAGUAGAUAGUGCCACUACAAAAACAGAACAAAAAAACUGGUCGAAUUCUCAGGCUGGAAAGUUAUCGUUUUCGGCCGUCGUACAAAAACCCCACGUAGAAGUUACAACGCAGCCACCUGAGAAGGACACUCAAUAUAAUACUGCCAAGAAACCACAAACUAAGCCCCACAAACCAAAACAAACCGAAAAACCAGUUGAGUACGAGACGUGGAUAGAAGUUGAUGCGAUGGAUAGCCAAGAAAUUGCUGAGGAAGAUGAAAGUAAGAAGACGAGAGAAGUUCAGUUCAAUGAGCUUAUAAAUAGGUUGAAAGAGAUUAUAUUUUUAAAAGGAGAAACAAUACAACAAAAAAUACAUAGUUGUAUUAAAUGCUGUGUUAAAUGGGUAAUUUUAGUACUAGUUGAAAAUAUCUCGGACUGGCCAAUACUUAAACUAAUUCUUGAUUAUUUCGGUUGUUGUAAUGGAUAAUAGUAACAUCAUAAAACUUAACAUUAUUCAAUGGAAUGCACAAAGUGUUCGCCCUAAGUCAUUAGCCUUAGAACAAUUGUUAUCACAAGAGAAAAUUCACAUCGCAGCACUGAGUGAAACAUGGCUGGAACCAGAGAGUAAUUUUAAUAUAAACAACUACAAAAUAUUUCGUAAAGACAGGCACGAUUCGUACGGUGGGGUGGCGCUUCUGAUACACAGGUCUGUAGAAGCUUCUUUACAUAGUUUUAGCAGUAGUAACCCUGGUAUGGAAGUGUUAAUGGUUAAACUACACAAUUGUCAAU